AGAAAAGUGGGCGGAGCUAAGUACGUGACAGCGUACAGAAAACUUUGUUAGCUGCCUGCUAACUUUGCUGCACCGACUGUUUUUGCAAUGUUACUGGCUUGAAGCAGCACAAACCGCCGAAAAGAUGGCGUGCGAAGGAGGGGAUGAUGGAGACUUCUGCAAAUGGAGCAGUCUGGAGGUUCUGGUGAACAGCAAAAAUGAAUUUGGAGCACGAGUGCAACAGUUUUUGGAGGAGAGGAUGCAGACCACCAUGCUCACAGGUGUGCUUAUUGGAGCUGCGGUCGCCGUCUCACUUAUUGGGAUUGUGGUGCUCUUUCUGUAUAGGAGAUUCAAGCUUGCUCGUGGACACCAGCCCGGUGUACCUCACUACCGCUUCAGAAAACGAGAUAAAGUGCUCUUCUAUGGAAGGAAGAUAAUGCGAAAGGUCCAGACGCUGUCUGCGAUUCCUCCCCCCAACUCUACCUCAGUAUCAAAGCAACCGCAGCGCAUUCGCAAAAGAACCAAAGUUCUAAGCAUAGCUCGCAAAAUCCUGAGGAUCCGUAAAGAUCCUCCCACCCUGCAGCCCAAGGAACCUCCUCCCUCCCUGCUGGAGGCUGACCUAACAGAGUUUGAUGUGCAGAGCUCAAACCUGCCCUCCGAGGUUCUCUACAUGCUAAAGAAUGUCAGGGUCUUGGGUCACUUUGAGAAGCCUCUGUUCCUAGAGCUGUGCCGACACAUGGUGUUUAUCGAGCUGCAGGAGGGUGAAGGUCUGUUCAGGCCUGGAGAUGAUGACGAUAGCAUCUACGUGGUCCAGGAUGGACGCCUUGAGCUCUGCAUCCAAGAGAAUGAUGGUACAGAACCAGUGGUGAAGGACGUGCACCCGGGGGACAGCGUCCACAGCCUGCUUAGUAUUCUGGACAUUAUCACUGGUUACCCAGCGCCAUACAAGACAGUUUUGGCACGGGCUGCAACUCGCUCCACCAUCUUGCGUUUACCUGCAUCGGCCUUUGAGUCUGUGUUUAAGAAAUACCCAGAGACGCUGGUUCGCGUCAUUCAGAUAAUCAUGGUGCGCCUCCAAAGAGUCACCUUCCUGGCAUUACAUAACUAUCUGGGUCUAACAACUGAGCUCUUCAAUCCGGAGAGUCAGGUGGUGCCUUUGUCCAAUAUAAACAGUGUGAUGGCAGAGACGAAUUCUGCGAAGACGACUCGCCGUUUGCAUUUCCAGGACGAAUUACCCGCUGGGCCCACGGAGAGUCCCACUGAGACAGAUGGUGCGAAGGAUAGCCCUUCAAGCAGCUACAGGAAGCAGCGAUCCAUCUCGAUGCCCACCGACUGUGCAGGUAAUGACCUGAACAUGGCUUGUGAACGAGCUCGAGUCACGAUAGAUGAGGCUCCAUCCAGUCCCGUUACUCACAAAUCCAGUCUGAAGAAGAGUGUGACUAUGCAGCACACACCAUCUGAAGUGUUUCACUACACAGACAGCGGGGGGCACUCUGAUGCCAUCUACCUCAGUAAGAGCAGCACAAUCUUCCAGGCUGCUAAGAAGGACCUGCUGGGAAUCAUCCAGCUGCAGGACCCCAGUCUACUCGAAGGCAGAGUGACCCUCCAUCAAGUCAAAGCUGGUUCUGUGGUGGCUCGUCAGGGAGACCAGGAGGUGAGCAUACAGUUUGUGAUUUCUGGCCUCCUCCAUGUUUACCAGCGGAUGAUUGACCGUGAAGAGGAGACGCGUCUGUUUGUGACACACCCUGGAGAGCUUGUCGGUCAACUUGCUGUCUUGACCGGAGAGCCCCUCAUAUUCACAGUUCGAGCCCAGCGAGACUGCAGCUUCCUCUCCAUUUCCAAAACCCACUUCUAUGAGAUAAUGCGUGUGGAGCCAAAGGUCGUGCUGAAUGUGGCUCACACUGUGGUGAGGAGGAUGUCGUCUUUUGUCCGACAGAUAGACUUUGCUCUCGACUGGAUGGCCGUGGAAGCUGGCAGGGCUGUCUACAGGCAGGGAGAGAAAUCAGACAGUACUUUCAUAGUGCUGAGUGGUCGACUGCGUUCUGUAAUCAUGAAGGAGGAUGGCAAGAAGGAGCUGAUAGGAGAGUACGGGCGCGGUGACCUGAUUGGAGUGGUGGAGGCCCUGACCCAUCAGAACAGAGCCACCACAGUGCACGCUGUACGAGACUCUGAGCUGGCCAACCUACCACAGGGAGCUCUCAGCUCCAUCAAGAGGAAGUACCCACAGGUUGUCACCAGGUUGAUCCACCUUCUAGGACAGAAGAUCCUCCAGCAGGUCAACGGUCCUCUCACAGCUCGCAGUUUGGCCCUCCAUACACCUGGCAGUAAGUGGGAUGUGGGAAACCCAGCCUCCAACCUCUCCACUGUGACAGUCCUGCCUGUAUCGGAAGAGGUACCUCUCACUGCCUUUACCCUGGAGCUGCAGCAUGCACUCAUUGCAAUAGGCCCCACUCUUCUGCUGACCAGUGAUGUUAUCAAACAGCGACUUGGAGCUGCAGCACUAGACAGUGUCCACGAGUACCGUCUGUCCAGCUGGCUGGGCCAACAGGAAGACAUCCAUCGCAUAGUUCUUUACCAGACGGACUACACACUGACCCCAUGGACACAGCGGUGCAUCCGCCAGGCUGACUGCAUUAUUAUCGUGGGACUAGGAGAGCAGGACCCUGCCGUUGGGGAGCUGGAGCGUAUGUUGGAAGGAAGUGCAGUGCGUGCCCAGAAGCAGCUGGUGCUGUUGCACAGAGAAGACGGCCCCCCGCCCAAAGGAACUGUGGACUGGCUUAACAUGCGAAGCUGGAUCUCCCGACACCUCCACCUCUCCUGUCCCCGAAGGGUCUUCUCUAAGAGGAGCCUGCCCAAACUGGUCCUUCUCCAGUCCCUGUCGAUCAACACUCAUUCCCCUUUUUCCCCCACCAUUAUUGAGUUGGGCUGUUCCCAGGUGGGGGUAAUGCGAGCCAUCUGUGAGUCCGGUAUUCCAGUGGACCUCAUUGGUGGCACCUCUAUCGGUUCCCUGAUGGGGGCACUUUAUGCUGAGGACCGCAGCUACAGCCGCAUGAGGAUGAGGGCCAAAGAAUGGGCAAUGGAAAUGACUUCAGUGUACAAAAAGGUUCUGGAUUUGACGUACCCUGUCACCUCCAUGUUCUCCGGUGCUGCCUUCAACUCCAGCAUCAGCAAUGUCUUCAAGAGCAAGCAGAUUGAAGACCUUUGGAUACCAUAUUUCAAUAUCACUACUGACAUCACUGCCUCGGCCAUGAGAGUACACACUGAUGGUUCUUUGUGGCGGUAUGUCCGAGCCAGCAUGUCUCUAUCUGGGUAUCUGCCUCCUCUCUGUGACCCCAAAGAUGGACACCUGCUGAUGGACGGAGGCUACAUCAACAACCUGCCAGCUGAUGUGGCGCGCUCCAUGGGGGCCAAAGUGGUGAUAGCUAUUGACGUGGGCAGCCGGGAUGAAACCAACCUCACUAAUUAUGGCGACUCCCUCUCAGGCUGGUGGCUGCUAUGGAAACGCUUCAACCCCCUAGCGGAGAAAGUAAAGGUGUUGAACAUGGCAGAGAUUCAGACUCGGCUGGCCUAUGUAUGCUGUGUCAGGCAGCUGGAGUCUGUGAAGAACAGUGACUACUGUGAGUACAUCAGACCUCCAAUCGACAGAUACCGGACUCUGGAGUUUGGCAAGUUUGAUGAAAUUGCUGAGGUGGGAUACCAGCACGGAAAGACUGUUUUUGACGUGUGGGGUCGCAGUGGAGUGGUGGAGAAAAUGUUGAAAGACAGACACCAGGAGGACUUCCACAACACCCAAAGCAAGAACAAUGUGGUAACGUGUCCCAAUGCCUCCUUCACUGACCUGGCAGAAAUUGUAUCCCGCAUCGAGCCCGUCAAACCUCCUCUGGUGCAUGAGGAGUCAGACAACCACACUGACUAUGAAGAGGAGGCAUUGGAGAGCGCUCUAUCUGACAUGGAGCUAUACAAUCGCUAUGGAGAGCACACUGAAGGGGAGGAGACUGGUGACACGGAUGAAGAGCUGGAAGGAAGACAAGCACGCCAUAUUACCUCACUCACCAGCAGCCACCCUCAGUCCCCCAACAUCUCCGACUGCCCAACGGACAUGCUGCCAAGCCAUGGAGAUCCGUCCAAACAGUCCAUUAAGUGAAGACAGGUCUAAUGAACUCUGCCCCAAACAGGUCAUCACAAUUUAACCUGCCUGUCUUUACCCUCCCGCCUGUCCCACAUGAAUCUGUUUGCCCCUGAGACUGUCAGCAUGACUGUGAUUACCAUUUUGCCCUCCGUAACCUGGCCUCUUUAGCUGUGUGGCUGACAUUACAAAUGGACGGCCCCUUUAGAAAACAAAAAACAAAAGAUGGAAUACAGGCAGCUAGUAACACAUUUACUCAGCUGCAGAUCCUAUGCAUUCCUAUUACACAAGAGCAGCUGUAAGUCCAAUCCUUUCUCAUAUUGAGAUCGUCAAGAUUAGUUUCUGUUUCUCUACAUGAAUCACACCAAUCCAGUGGAAGAUAGAAGGUAGGGAAGGUGAGGAGAUAGUAUUUGAAAUAUUUAUUACAUGAACCCAGGUGAAAAUGAUAAAUCUUGGUUAAAACACAGAUUUGAGGACUUUCAACCAGAUUUGAGAUAGUUAGUCAGUUCACCUAAAUUACAAAAUAGCUUUUUUUUUUUCUCUGUUAUCUCUACACACAGUUAUAUGAUUUGUUUUCGACACGCCCAUCUCUGAGAUUUCUGCCACACACAGCAUUAAAGGAUUACACGAAACAAUCCAAAAAGAUUAAAGGGAUAAGAGGGGGGGGGGGGGGGGGAAUUGCACAAAACGAUGUUUAUUUUUCUGUCCUUUUCUUUUCAAAAUACUUAAAAUGAAAACAGCCCAAGAAGGCAAAAUCCCUCUCUGGUUGACCUACUCACUGCUCCUUUCUGCAGUGAUGCCAUAACUUUUGAUGAGGGGUCACAAGUAGAUCUGACUUUAUUUUAAGAGCCAAAUAACUUAUAGACACACAGUGUCGACAGUUUUCAUUGGGACUCAGUUGAAAGUAGAUCCAGUGCAGACAGUUGACCGUGAGGUUGUCCUGUGUAUCGGUGACACUCUUUCUGAUGACUGAUAAGCUGAAUUAUUUUAAUGCAGUCUCGGGCACGGAUGUUUUAAUACCUAAACUAUGUGCAUGGCUUGAUACCACUAGAACAAAGAGAAAUACACCUUUUGUUGCUGAGCUGAGCUAAUUACAGCAAACAAUUAUUCAUGUGGGUCAUGGGCAUGAGAGUAUGUAUUGUUGUAUUAAAAUCAGACCCUACCCUCGAAUGUUACACACUCUAUAGUCUAUGUAAUGAUCCUCACUAACACAAGACUAAUUUAAAACCAGAAAGAGAGCAAAACAAGCAGCACUCUGUGGCCAUGGCUGUCAGCACAGUUUUGUUGUACCCUGUGUGCCAGGGACAUGGAGGGAAGUAAUGAUUGCAAUCCACUUCAAAGCACUACUCUCCCUCUCAGCUGACGAGACGGCCUCCACCCCCAUCUGUUUUUUGGCUUGAAUCUGUCACACGCAGACUGAGCAGCAGGCAGCGUGGAUCUGUCGGGUGAACUCGGAAACGCCGCUCGUCCCAGUACAGUUUAUGCACAGCGGCUAUUUGCAGCAGCAGGGCAGUUCUUCACAGGAACAUGUUGUAACACAAGUUAUUUUGCCUGUCUAAACAAGUUUUUUUUUUUAAUUUAUUUAUUUUUUUUAUUUAUUUUUUCCCCUCUUGUUAUUUGGAUCUUAUUUUUCUUCUGAGACUGCAAGCACAAAAAAACUGGUUAACAAUUAUAUAUUUUCAUAUGUAAUCCAAGAAUGUGCACAAACUAAGCCCUAGAAGUCACAACAGCUGGACAAUCAUUCCAGACAUGCAAUGCAAUGCACGACUAAACUAACAAAUACAUACAUAGUUACAGAGCCUUGUUUAACAUACAUCUCUGUAUGACACUAUACAAUUUCUAUAGUUAACCUAAUUUCAAUCACAACUAGGGCUGUAACACUAACGAUUCAUUUCAUUAUCGAUUAAUUUCAUGAUUCCAUUUUUCAAUUAACAGAUUAAUGUUUUGGUGUAUAAAAAGUGUGUAUUGAAAAGUGUUCAAAGUGUGAAAUGUGUUGCUAGCCCAAGGUGACAAUUGUACUUUUUGUCUGACCAACAGUCCAAAGCCCAAAGAUAUUCAGUUUAAUAUAAAGUAAUUCCAGGAAAAUAAACAAAUCCUCACAUUUGAGAGGCUGGAACCACACCAUCAAAUGUGCUUGAUGAACGGCCUAAACAAUUAACUGAUUUUUAAAGCAGUUGGUGAUUAGUUUUCUGCUGUUUUCACUAAUUGUUUCAGCUCUAAUCGCAGCAUUACCAGAGGCCUAAUAAUACUGCAUAACAAACAUCCUUUAGAUUUUUAUUUUUUUUAAAGCAUUGUGACCGAUAUGUACUGAGUGGGGCAUUUUUCAGUUACUUAUUGGCCGAUGUUAAAAUUCCAACAUACGUGCAAUAAGCUAAUAUCAUCGGUCCAAGUCAGUCAGACUCUAGUCAUUAGAAUAUCAAUGCAACAUUUUAUUAUGACGAUUUUCUUUCUUCUUGAUAUAGCACCUUGUGAGCCUCCCUAUCUUAGAUAACACUGGUGCCACAGUCCCUGCAGCCUUACGUUUGUAGACAGUUGGAGAAACCUUGUGAUAAACACUAUGUGGAGUCUGGACACAGAAUGUGUGAGCAGGGCGGACAUAGGAAAGCAUUUUGUGUUUACCAAUGAGCUAAUGGUGUUUGCACUGGGUUUUUUUUUUUUUUUUGGGGUGGUUU